AUGGAAGUGUCUGUCUGUCAGUCGUGGGGUGUUGCUUCAGCGCGUCACACGUCGGGCUGUAUCGUGUGUCCCUUGCAACAACAUGUGUCGUCUGUGGAACAAGAAUUCGACGUCCCUCUUGGACCGAGUGUGGUGCGAUGGUGUGCGCGCACAAAGAGGCGUGUGCUGCAGUUCCAGGCUCAUUCCGACCUUAUUACUUGCAUGAAAAUGAGUCCCGACAGACAAUACAUAGUGACAACAUCCUACAGUGGUGAGCUGAAGUUGUGGAGUGGUGAGGGUUGGAGGUGUGAGUGUGAUACGCAGGCACCAAUGCCCCAACAACACCAUUUGGCGUGGAGACUAGACAGCAAUGGGUUUGUGAUAGUUGGAAAUGGGUUUCGAUCAUCGAUUGCAAUGUACUCACUACUAACGAAACAUACAACUGUUAAGUUGCAGCUACUGUGGCAGAUAAUGGCUAAGAACGUUAAUACAAAGGGAAAUGCAAGUGAAUUUGAUUCAGCGAAAGUCACUAAUACAGGAAGAGAUUAUCUUUACUCAGAUGCUUUCACCAUGGCUGAAAUUAACCCUAGUUCUAAUGUAUUUGCUGUUAAGGAGAAAGAAAACGGAUCGUUUUCCAUUCACUUGUUUUCUAAUGAAGGUGAAAGUUUAAAAGAAGUGGACAUAAAUGAAAAGUCGGUAUCUUUGCUUUCUACAUUCAACACCAAGGUGGAUGCAUAUGGCAUGGUUGUACAGGGAGGAAUUGUUCUGAUUAUUAGCGGGGAGGACCUCAAAAUAAGGACAAGGUUUCGUGCGGGAUACACCUCAAGGUCCUGUGUAUGGGAUGGAGAGCACCUGGUAUUGCCUUCUGACUCAGGGAAGCUUGUUUGGUGGAGCAUGUUUGGGGAAAGAUUGUUUGAAGCAGCCGUGGAUGUCACUGGCUAUGUGGUUCACCUCCAGUUAUCACUGAAUGGCAGGGCUCUCUGGGUGUGUGGGUUCAGCAGACUAAGCUAUGUAGAGAUCGACAAGAAUUCUGAUGGGACCGUUAGGAAGUUGAAUAUUUCCUCGUGUGUUCACUGUCACGACAUUGCGUGUUGUGGAGUGGCAUUCAGUGACAGAGGUGGAUGGCUGUGUGCAGGAGAUCUUGCUGGUGGUGUGUGGGCAAUCCAAGGGACUAGCACAGAUGUAACCCACAAGAUAUCGGUUGAGGCAUCAGUGCGUUGUUUGGUGUGGUUUGGAGUGACACAUGUUCUAAUCGGGUGUCUUGAUGGUAGAGUGGUUAGGUGGAGAGUUGGGGAGGAGGAGGCGGUGGAUGAGGUCUGUCGUCUGGAGGGAAGUGUCAUCAUAAUGAGAUGGAACCAAGACAAAACACUCCUUGCAGUUGGAUCGUCGACUGGAGUUUUGACAAUCUUCAGUGCCUUAGAAAUCAAUUGUGGUCUAGUGCCUGCAACCUCAUUUACUGCACAUCCUCCUCAGCUGGGCAAUAAAGACAUGAGAUUUGGCCAGCUAAGUAAACAGGCAGAAAUCUGGAGCUUGUGUUGGAGUCCCUCUGCUAACCUGAUUGCCACAUGUUCAGAAGACCAGACAACAAAGAUCUGGAAUGUUAGAAAUUGGAGUUGCCAAGCUACUCUGCGUGGCCAUACUAUGGCUGUAACUGGUGUCGACUGGAAACAAAGUAACUUUUGUGGAUCAAUUCUUGCCACUUGUUCUGAUGACAGGACAAUUAGGGUCGUGGACGGAAACUCUUUCAAGUUAAUGCGGACCCUCUCGACAAAAGAUCUCUACGGAUGGCACACCCUGACCUACAUUACCCUGCAUCUUGAGUGGGUUCCUCCAUCUACUACUCCACCCUCAAAAAGACUGCUUCUGACCUGCACUACUCAGCAUGGCUACGUGGUGAUCUGGGAUGUCGAGUCAGCAGAGAGAACUCUAUGCAGACGCAUACACUGUGGAUCUAUUGAGGGGCUGGCAGCCAAUGCGGAGAGUGGGACUCUAGCAACUGUUGGUGCUGACUGUGUUGUGCAUUUGUUCAGGCUUCAAUAAUAUUGCAUAUAAUAGAGAUGUGCAUGGUAGCUACCAAGCAUCAAUGAUGUACGGAGGGAGUUUUGUGCAUCAUAUUCAUACCCUUAACUAAAGUUUGUAACAAUGAAGUAUCCUUAAUUGGAUGACCCUAGCUGUACACAUGCUUAUUGUAACUUCCUUUAACGACAGCAAAGACUCAGUGAUGGUAGUAGAAAAACUUGGUACGCAUUACAUCUUCCCGAUUCAUUUGAUUACAUGUUUGUAAAAAAAACAGGCAAUUGUUCUUCUUUCCUCAAAUAUGCUAAUAGUACUACACAUCGAGAUUAAACUUGGUACACGUGUGUUACAUCGUCUGCAUGACACUCAUUUUGAUUAAUUACUUCUUCACUCCUCAAAGUUCAUGCAUGUGGAUAAAACUUCGUUUAUAUGUAUGUACACAUGUGUAUUA